AUGUGGAGCGAGAUUUAUUCACCAGAGAAUGAUCCUGAUGCUCCAAUAAUCAAUCAGAAGUAUUACAAUCAGCUUGGGUGUCUUCUUGAUCAAGCAAAAUCUAACAAUAAUCCAUUCGGAAAAGUUUUCUGUUUCUCUGGCCAUGCAGGAGUAGGAAAAACGACAAUACUUAAGAGAUUAUGCGCAGAAGAAUCAAUUCAAUAUCUGCAAUUUGCUCCAGAAGAUGCAGAAUUUUAUGAUUCAAAUUCAAAUAAUUUUUCAUUAACAGAAAUACUUGAAAACUUUCUCAUGAGAGCCUCAUUGUCAAAACAAAACUCGAGAUUAGUCGUUAUUGAUGGAAUAGAGAUACCAGAUAACGAAUAUUUCAAAUUUAUUAAAAUUUUAAGGAAAUCUAAAGUACUAAUUGCAUGGAUACUACCAUCAUCAUUAAUAAAAGAUCCUCAUAUACCGUUUCCCAUACAAUACUUCAACGAACCUCAGUAUUCCGGAAUAAAUAAAAUUUUGAAGUACAUUUCAGAGAAAAAUCAAAUAGAUAUCAGCACAAAAGACCUCAUGAACAUUGUUAGAACCUCAAAUGGUGAUAUUCGUACUGCAAUUAACUCAUUACAAUUUGGAAAUUUUAUUUUCACAGACUUUCCAUCGAAUUUUAGGGAAAUCGCAGCACAUAUCAUAAAAGGAGACACAAGGGAAGUAAACUAUAAAGCUCUCGAGUACGUUCAUGGUAUUUUACCCCAAUCAAACGAAGAUUUUCUUGGAUUGGUGAAUUCGAUUGAAUAUUUCUCUGUUUACGACGUUUUUCUUGAAGAAGAGAAACAACUUCAGACAUCUCUUGCAUUGUCAUUAGCAGGAGAAAUGAAGAAACCAAGGUUUUCUCCCGUUUUGAGCAUUGAAGAGCAAAUGUGUCGAAAUUUGAAAUCAAUUCCUCCUCCAGAGUUAGAGGAAGAAGAACUAGAUGAAAGAGAGAUAAUGGAGCUGAGAGAAUCACUGGAAUUGAUGGAGUUCGACCCAAUUGAAGAAGAAGAAAAUGAUUUUUAA